AUGUUGAACAACUCAGGAGCUCUAUUGUUCAUUCACAACUGAGGAGAGGUGAACAUUUAUUGCAUUGCUUUUGUCACAUUUUAGAAUAAGACUGGAGGUUCAGUGGUGAGAAGAAGAUACUCAAAACACCAAGCAAACACAGGAAAGUCAGCGAUGGCAUUUUUUGGGGCCUUGCUCUGUGCCGUCUUCUUGGUGUCUGUUGUGACAUCUAAACCGAUCGAUCUGAAUGAUGCUGAGGAUUCGUCCAAGUCAUCCGAGUCCAGUGAGUCCAUUUCGUCAGAGGAGACUGCCACUGAUGUUGAGCCUUCACAGGAACCCCCCGAGCCAGCGCUAACGGAGACAGAUAUGCCGAAUGCUAUAGAGGAGAGCAACCCCCUGGACACCACACCUCCCUCUGUAGAUGGAGGACCUCUUCCAGUCGCGCUCAAUACCUCCGCCCUGCCAGAACUCGAAGACCCUCAAACUUCUGCCGACAACGGCGCCUUACAGCUGAUGCCAGACGAUCCUUCUCAGACGACUCCGGGUGUAGACAUUUCUCAGGGCAUGCCAGACCUUGAUGCUGCACUUAACACUGACACUGCACACAUUCUGCCAGACGCGCACACUGAACCACAAGUCGCCACCACAUACCAAGGAUUCCCCAAGGAUGCCAUUCCUCUAUCGUUCUCCUCAACCACGCCCCUGCCAGUCCCCACCGGUACCACCCUGACUGCUGUUCCUGUUUGCAUCGCUUUUCAGUUUGUGACGCGUGAGCCAGAUCCACCUAGAGGAGACAACAUCUGACCGUAACACAAACUGUGUUAGAACAUUUAGUUUUAUCUCAGCCUGUGUUACCAGUAUGGUCUGUUAGUUAGUGAUGGUUAAGAGCUACCACCAUCAUAUGAGCAACUUACUCACACUACACUUUUCUUUCACUUUAAUUUCACAUAUAUCUAAUGGUGCUAGUGUUCAUAAGUGCUAUUUAAAUGCAGUGGAAAUGUUGGCAAUUGUUAGACUGAAGUGCUUCAGAGUGUUUCAUAAAAUGUUUUUGUUUAAUGGGAGCAUGUAUUAGUCAUGGUAAAGAUACAUUAAUUGGUCUCAGCAGUCGUACAGGAAAUUGAUGAUGAUACCUGUUUGUUUAUGAUCAGUAAGAAGCCGUGUGUGAUGUAGAUGUCACAUUAGUUAAACGCAACAAACAAGAUGGUGUAAGAACAUAAUUCCAAAGCAAUACUGUAAUCUGCUUGUCUUGCUUAAAUGAAAAACCUGGUUAGAGGUUCAUUCAUAAAUAAUUGAAAUUUCAAUUACAUUUAUUUACAUACUGGACUUCUGAAGACGUAAAUAAAUAUUAUUCAAGAUUAUUUUUAAGCUAACCAUAACUCAAAGUUACAAUCUGAAGACAAGUAUGGAAAUUAACAUUAAUUUAAAUGCUUCAAGUCCACCUCAUGAUGCCCUGUGAAUAUUGCUUUUUUUGCUUAAUCUUUAAUUUAAAUAAUUUGCCAACUUA